CCAUGCAGACUUCUUUAUUGUCCGCCGCACACUCUCCCGGGAUACCUACAGCCGUUUCAUUCAUGUGGAAAUCAGGAAAUCCGCAGUCGCCCAACUGGACCGGGCUGGAGAGAGAAAACACGACGAGUCUCGGCGACUUGGACGCGUUCGAGAACCGGCGCGCGCAGUAUGGCCAGUUCUCUCCAUCCACCGCAAUAUUCCUAACUGUGCUUAUGACACUGCUGGUGUUCGCCACAGUUCUCGGGAACGCGCUUGUCAUUUUAGCUUUUGUGGUUGAAAAAAGUUUACGCACACAAGGGAACUUUUUCUUUUUAAAUUUGGCCAUAGCGGACUUUCUUGUCGGCGGGUUUUGCAUCCCCGUGUAUAUUCCUUAUGUCCUGACGGGUGAGUGGAGGCUGGGCAGAGGUCUGUGUAAACUGUGGCUGGUGGUGGAUUAUAUGCUGUGCACCGCCUCGGUCUUCAACAUAGUGCUCAUCAGUUUCGACAGGUUUCAGUCCGUCACUAAAGCGGUGAGUUACCAUUGCCAGAAGGGCAUCACCAGAGAGGCUGUUUUGAAGAUGCUCUGCGUGUGGCUGGCAGCGUUCCUGCUUUAUGGUCCAGCUAUUAUCAGCUGGGAACACAUCACAGGAGGAAGUGUAGUGCCAGAUGGAGAGUGCUACGCUGAAUUUUACUUCAACUGGUAUUUUCUGAUGACUGCCUCCACUGUCGAGUUCUUCACACCUUUCAUAAGCGUCACUUACUUCAACCUCAGCAUUUACAUCAACAUCCGCAACAGAUGUGCAGUGAGGGAAGAACAGCCCACUUAUAUCCGGCUUAGGAGCUUCAAGAUGAGGCCGGUCAGGACCGGCGAUGUGCAGCGUGUGUUUUUUGUGAGGCCUGUCGAGGAAAGGGGGGUCGACUUGUCCUCAAGGCCACGUUGCUGCCGGUUACCUUCUACUGUAAAGGUGUCUGCCGCAGAGUUCGGCAACGGAAGACCGACUAAACGAAGAGACAGCACGAUCGCAGACUUGCCUCCUCUGCAGGUCGGAGACCGGAUCCUGACAACCAGUGAGGCACAGUUUCAUUACGUGGAUCAUUCGGCUGGAUCACACAGACACCGUCCUGAUAUGGUUGCCAGUCUGGCCAGCCGCUUUCGUCUGUCUAGAGAUAAAAAGGUGGCAAAGUCUCUAGCUGUAAUAGUUUGUGUUUUUGGACUCUGUUGGGCGCCCUACACGCUGCUGAUGAUCAUUCGGGCAGCAUGCCACGGUCAGUGCGUCCAGCACUACCUUUAUGAGAUCUCGUUCUGGCUGCUGUGGAUAAACUCAUCCAUCAAUCCAAUCCUGUAUCCUCUGUGCCACAGCAGCUUCAAAAGAGCCUUCAGCAAAUUACUGUGUCCGAGCAAAACAAAGAUUCAACCCCAGAACAUGGACCAGAAGUAUUAAAUUAUUGAGUAUGACCACAUUUUAAUAUAGGGCUAGUUUUUCUUUCUUUCUUUUUAUAAUAUAUGAAUAUAUUAUAAUAUAUUUAUUUUUAUAAUUUAUGAAUAUAAUUUACAAGUUUCACUUUUUGAAUGGAAUUAGUGAAAUCUACUUUUUGAUGAUAUUCUAAUUAUGUGACCAGCACCUGUAUAUGGCACCCAUGGAGGUAGUAAAACAAGGUUUUUAUGAACUGCAGGAUUGCUGGUAAUGAAGACAUAAAUGCAAAAGAAAAGGCAGUAGAGCUGACCGUUUCUGUCAAAUAGUUUUAAUUUAGAAUGUCUGUGUUAAUGUAAGAAAAGUGGUUUAAAUGUUUUGCCACUUGCUUGAGCAACUUAAUAUAUCAACCUAGAAGUAAAUGCAUAAGUUAAAAGCAUUGCAUAAUGUUUCUUAUAUUUAUUGCAUUUAAACACAUCUAUAAAAUAUUGUUUCUACUGUGUAAAAAAAGGAUCACAAUGCUAAAAAGCAUCUGAAGUAACGAUGUUUGGACCUGAAAUCAAACUAAUGGAUAAAUGUUGUGUUUGUGGUAAA